CACACAACCCUUCAAUCAGGAGCUACUGCUUCUCUUAGUGUGGUAAUUGAGCAGCACUGCACUCAAACAGACAGCCUGAAGAAGCACUCCAAGCAGUAACUAUGACAGUCUAGGUGAUGCAGCUGUAAAUUAUUACUUUGCUUGAUUCAACACACUGCGGGACUACACUUUACAAUACCAGUACAGAAUAGCCCUAUAUUUGGAUUUUAAGUUUUUUUUUAAAAGCAACGAGGAUGACUCUGUGGAAGGGGGUAUUAUUCAUUGUGCAGGUUGUUUUACAGUUGCGCUACAGUUUGUCCGUAAAAGGAGAAUACCAAGUUUACAACCUGCUUUCCACACCUGGAUACAUAACAGAGAUCGUGCAGCAGGAGCUCACGGCUCCCUCCGUAAAUGAAGUCUACAUUCUCUCAACCUUUAAGCUGCAGCCCAAGUCUGGCACCUCUAUCUUCGGCCUCUACUCUCCAAAGGAUAACACCAAGUAUUUUGAGUUUUUUGUGCUUGGGAAACUCAACAGAGCAAUUCUACGAUAUUUGAAGAGCGAUGGCAAGCUAAACGUGGUCACGUUCAACAACAUCCAGCUGGCUGAUGGAAAGAGACACACUGUGCUGUUUAGGAUGAGUGGGUUACAGCAGGGAUCUAGCACAGUGGAGCUGUACGUCGACUGCAGCCAGAUAGACACAGUGAGGGACUUACCAAAAGCAUUCACUGGACUGCCACAAGGACCCAACUCGCUUGAGCUGCGGACACUCCAGAAAAGACCACUGGACACUCUGGAGGAGCUUAAACUAGUGAUCGGGGGUUCCCUUACAAAAGUAGCUGCAAUCCAAGAAUGCCUGCUCCAGCAAAGCGAUUCUGCACAGAAUAUAGUGCAUGGGAACUCUGGAAUUUCCGGUGAUGCUGGGAGACAGCUGAUUACCCAGAUGACUCAGCUGACAGAGGUUAUUGGAGAGCUGAAAGAAAUAAUGAGGCAACAGGUGAAAGAAACAGCUUUCCUGAGGAACACCAUAUCCGAGUGCCAGGCCUGUGGGUUGGGUGGAAUUAGUCCUGGAGUCCCAGACGUUGUCUCUAAACCCAGGUGCACUCCGGGCUCUUGUUUCCGUGACGACCUGUGCAGCGAGACAGAGGCUGGGUUCGAGUGUGGACCGUGCCCUGACGGAUACACAGGCGACGGGUUUCAUUGCGAUGAUGUUGAUGAGUGCCGAUUUAAUCCAUGUUUCCCUGGGGUCCGUUGUGUUAACACUGCGCCAGGAUUUAGGUGUGAUGCAUGUCCUCUCGGGUAUACUGGUCCCAUUGUCAAGGGAUUAGGGAUCACCUAUGCCAAGACUACUAAACAGGUCUGUGUUGAUAUUGAUGAAUGUAACAAUGGCAAAAAUGGAGGCUGUGCACCGAACUCCAUCUGUACAAACACUAAGGGCUCAUUCCGCUGUGGAGGUUGUAAGGCUGGGUACAUCGGAGACCAAGCCAAGGGCUGCAGGCCAGAAAGAAGCUGUGGUAACGGACGGCUGAACACCUGCCACAUCCACGCGCAGUGCGUCGUGGAGAGGGACGGGGACAUCAGCUGCAUGUGUGGCAUUGGCUGGGCUGGCAAUGGCUAUCAGUGUGGAAAGGAUACAGAUAUUGACGGCUAUCCUGACGAAGAGCUCAAGUGUAAAGAUAUAUUCUGCAGAAAGGAUAACUGCAUGUAUGUUCCAAACUCCGGACAAGAAGAUGCAGACCAGGACGGAUACGGGAAUGCUUGUGAUGAGGAUGCAGAUGGCGACGGCAUUCCCAACGAGCAGGAUAACUGUGUUCUGAACCCCAACAUCGACCAGAGAAACAGCGAUCUGGAUAACUUUGGGGACGCCUGUGAUAACUGCCGCACUGCAGUGAACCCUGACCAGAGGGACACUGACAAUGACGGCAAGGGAGACGCCUGUGAUGAUGACAUGGAUGGGGAUGGCAUCAAGAAUUUCCUGGACAACUGCCAGCGUGUCCCCAACCUUGACCAGAAGGACAGUGACAAUGAUGGAGUGGGGGACGCCUGUGACAGCUGUAUUGACGUCAGCAACCCAAACCAGUCAGAUAUUGAUAACGAUCUCGUGGGAGACUCCUGUGAUACAAACCAAGACAGUGAUGGAGAUGGGCACCAGGACAGCAAGGACAAUUGCCCCAACGUGAUUAACAGCUCCCAGCUGGACACAGACAAGGACGGGAUGGGAGAUGAGUGUGACGAUGAUGAUGACAAUGAUGGCAUUCCUGAUCUCCUUCCACCGGGACCAGACAACUGUAGACUGGUGCCCAACAUAGACCAGACUGAUGACAACGGGGAUGGAGUAGGUGAUAUCUGUGAAAGUGACUUUGACCAGGACACAGUGAUUGACAGGAUCGAUAUCUGUCCCGAGAACGCUGAGGUCACCCUGACAGAUUUCAGAGCCUACCAGACUGUCGUCCUCGACCCCGAGGGAGACGCUCAGAUUGAUCCCAACUGGGUGGUUCUCAACCAGGGUAUGGAGAUUGUGCAGACCAUGAAUAGUGAUCCUGGACUGGCAAUUGGUUACACUGCCUUCAAUGGAGUGGACUUUGAGGGCACUUUCCACGUGAACACUCUGACUGAUGAUGACUACGCUGGCUUCAUCUUCGGCUACCAGGACAGCUCCAGCUUCUACGUGGUCAUGUGGAAGCAGACAGAACAAACCUAUUGGCAAGCCACGCCGUUUAGAGCUGUGGCUGAACCCGGCAUUCAGCUCAAGGCUGUCAAGUCAAAGACUGGCCCAGGGGAGCACCUGCGUAACUCUCUGUGGCACACAGGCGACUCCACAGACCAGGUGAGGCUGCUGUGGAAGGACCCGCGCAACGUGGGCUGGAAGGACAAGGUCUCCUACCGCUGGUUCCUGCAGCACAGACCCCAGGUGGGGUACAUCAGGGCACGCUUUUACGAAGGCUCUGAACUAGUGGCUGAUUCUGGAGUGACUAUCGACACCACCAUGCGCGGGGGAAGGCUUGGCGUGUUUUGCUUCUCCCAGGAGAACAUCAUUUGGUCCAACCUGAAGUAUCGCUGCAAUGAUACAAUCCCUGAGGACUUUCAGGAGUUCAGAGCCCAGCACUUUGGAGGUGACGCUCUUUAAAUAAAAGCUCAAAAGCCAUAAAAAUUGAAGAUUUAAACAGAAGCAGUGCAAAUAUUUGUUCCAGAACCACCCCACCUCCUGCUAAAAAAUAAGUAAAUCUCCAAUCACUUCCAGUUAUGUAACUCAGUAUUGUAAGUUUGUAUUCAUUUUUUUUUAAAUUGAUAAUAAAAAUAAAAUGGA